AUGUACUCGUGUUUAAGGAGCGUCAGUAUUUUGAGGGGCUUUUCCUAUCGCUCCAUCCACGGCAGGUGCAGGAUCGGGAACAGGGAUGUCGUGGGUCACGGUAUCAACGGGAGCGCCGCGUACAAGGACGACGCCCACUUCCCGUUCCCCGGAAUACGGUUCAAGGAAAACACCAGGGAUAUCGCCGCUUUGCGCGAGAAGGAGAAAGGCGACUGGCGCCAAUUGUGCUGUGAGGAGAAGAAGGCUCUGUACCGAGCUUCCUUCUGCCAGACCUUCGCCGAGUUCCAGGCGCCCACUGGCACGUGGAAGUUCAUCGUCGGCUGGACCCUGAUAGUCACCUCGUUCAUGUUCUGGAUGGCGAUGUUCUACCACCAUUAUGUGAACGAUCCGCUCCCGCCCUCGUUCUCGAAAGCCUCCCAGAAGGCGCAGCUGCGGCGGAUGCUGGAACUACGGGUGAACCCAAUAGACGGCAUCUCCUCCAAAUGGGACUACGACAACGACAAGUGGAAG